CUUCAUUCACACAGACAGUCGAGUCGCCCCCUGCUGGUCACAGUCUGCUCCUGAACCUUUAAACCCACCUGAACCCUGGACCCUGGUUUCUCCACCAGCUGGUCUCUGAGAUCAGGUCUCGGUUCCUCCGCAGGUCUCUGGGGUCUGGUGAAUAACGCCGGCGUCCUUCUGUGCCCCACGGACGCUGAGCUCCACCCCCUCACAUGGUACCGACGCUGCAUGGAGGUGAACUUCCUGUCCGCUGUCAGGAUGUGUCAGGUGUUCCUCCCUCUUCUCAGGAGGUCCAGAGGACGUAUCGUCAACGUGACCAGCAUGGCAGGUACGUUGGUUCCCCUGGAGCUCCUCAGGGUCUCCUUUAGUCCCUCAGAGAGGUUCCAUGACGGUCCUUCAGCAGCACACCUGUGACCCGUGCUUUCUCCUACAGGUGAGGUCCCCAUGCCGAUGUUCGCCUCCUACGGCGCCUCAAAGGCGGCUCUCAGUCUGUUCUCCAAGGUGAUGAGGAUGGAGAUGUCUGAGUGGGGCGUCCACGUGGCUCUGGUCCAACCUUCAGGCUUCAGGACAAGUACGUCGGACCUCCCUGAAGACCACAGUCAGAGUUUUACAUCUAAGAGGGGGUCAGGUCCGCCGGACCACAGGACGGACUGCCCCUCAGUUCUUCAUGGAAAGGACAACUGGACUUAGUUGGACUGGAACUAAGUCCAGUUGUCCUUUUCAUGUCGUCGAUUAAAUCGGCCGAUUUUCGCCCGUUUGAGACUAAUCGGUAAUCGUCCAAAACUCGACGAUUUCCGCCGAUAUUUUCAGAAAUAAGAUUCGGUUUCACUUUGAAAAUGUUCCUCCAUUUGAAAAGUUCCCCGACUUCUCCUGUAGAUGGCGCUACAGCGACCUCACAGCAGAGUGAGGAUCUGAAGCAGCGGCUCGGGGACACGGAGGAGGAGAGCGGUCCAGAAAUGCUGUUUUUUUAAAUGGGAUUCAAUGGAAAUUUUCUCUAUGGGGCAUCAAACAAAAGAGAAGAACGUAUCAAACCAACGUUGUUGUUGUCGUUGUUGUUGUUGUUGUUAAUUAUUGACAAACUUUAGGCUGCCGUAUUAAAAUAAAUACUUUCCAACAUUUAAUAUCUAGAAAAAAACUCUGAAUUCAUUUUUUUUAAAUUAAAAAUAACAGUGACGUCAUGAAGUCAAACUGUCAUUUAAAGGGUUAAAAUUCUGAAAAUUAAUCAAUAAUUGAUCGAUAUGAUCAGGACUGAAGUUCAUUCAAACAUUUAAGAAAAAGAAAAAGUGAAAAAAAUAUAAAUGUUUAAUAUUUUUACACUUUUAGGAGACGGACAUUUUUGUCCUCUGAGGACCUAAAGUAACUUUUCUUUACAGACCCUUGAGGGUUAAUUUAACGCCUUGAAGAUCAGGACCACCCAGUCCUGGUUCUGGUCCUUGUCCCCCUUUAGUACAGAGACUUCUCCAGGUCUCCAACCAGAACCGGACUCUGGGUUUGACCCUGUAGUCCUGAAGGUUUGUGUCCUCGGCUCUGAGGUCCACCGUUCUAAACUCCAGUUUUUCGUCCUCUCAGAAAUCUUCGGGAACAGCGAGGACGUUUCUCGGAACAGAGACCAGAUCUUUGCGGCGGCGACCCCUGAAGCCAGAGAGGAUUAUGGGACGACCUACAUCCUGUCCCUCCCCAGCCUCCCCUUCAAAAUGUCCCAGCAGACCUCCGAGGAUCUGUCUCCGGUGGUGGAGGACAUGCGUCACGCUCUGCUGUCCGUCCGUCCCAGACUGCUGUACACGCCCGGACAGAUGGCGUGGCUGCUGCCGUUCCUGCGCCGCUGCUGUCCCACCGCCGGGUUCGAGUCCCUGGUCUGGAGACUGUUUAGGAUGGUGGACCUGAAACCAGCAGGACUGAAGACCAGCUGA